AUGGUUGUUUUAACCUUCGAAACGUCCAUUUGUUUAACUGACUGCACAUCCAUGGUCACAAACCGUUUUGACAUAGACUUUCUUCAGCGCUUCGACCUCAUCGUCGACGCUAAAAGGAAGAAGCUUAUCGAUUCCAGGUCACACCUCAGUAUUAUCGGGACCAGCGCCAACGUGGCUGCUAUCACUCCCAUUCGUGUCCUACCUCAAGCUUCACAGCCUUUUCUCGAACUUUUCAGCAAGCACCCUAAACUCGUUCGCGUCCUGAACGACUUGCCUCCUGUGACGUCAAACUUCAUGCAUUACAUUUGCACUAAGGGCCCACCUGUUUCGGCCAGCCCUCGCCGGCUAGCCCCGGACAAGCUCAAAGCUGCUAAGGCGGAAUUCGCGCAAAUGCUCGAACUGGGAAUCAUCCGCCCGUCCAAAAGUCCAUGGACAUCACCACUACACAUGGUGUCUAAGAAAUCCGGUGACUGGCGCCCCUGUGGUGACUACAGGGCAAUUAACAAAGUCACCAUCCCGGAUAAAUACCCUAUUCCACGCAUGCACGACUUGACCUCAGCUCUAUCUGGCAAGUCUAUCUUUAGCAAAGUCGACUUAGUUCGCGCCUACCAUCAUAUACCUGUGGCGCCAGACGACAUUGCUAAAACCGCAGUCAUUACGCCAUUCGGCCUAUUCGAGUACGUCAGAAUGCCUUUCGGCCUCAGCAACGCUGCCCAAACUUUUCAGCGUUUCAUUUAUGAGUUAACGCAAGGACUCGAAGGCGCUUAUCCUUAUUUAGAUGACAUACUCAUCGCCAGCUCUUCUGACGAGGAGCAUCUUCGUCACCUCGACGCUCGCUUCCAACGCUUAACACAGCAUGGGGUUACCGUCAACCCCGAUAAAAGCGAGCUUGGCCAAAGUUCCAUCGACUUUCUUGGCCACCGCGUAUCUGCCUCUGGUAUUGAAGUCCUGCCAGAUAAAAUCCAGGCACUGAAGGACUAUCCUGCUCCCAGUUCCUUCAAACAGUUGCGCCGAUUCCUUGGCCUGGUCAACUAUUAUCGACGCUUUAUUCCUAACUGCGCGAGCAUUGUUCAACCAAUGACUGACUUGCUCCGCGGUAAACAACGGUCUUUUCAUUUUACAGACGAUGCUAGAAUGUCUUUUGAGAAGCUCAAAGACGCUAUCACCAACAUAGCGCUUCUCGCCCAUACAGACACGUCUGCACCACUCUCUGACAACUGA